AGCACCUUUGGCGAAGUUUUAAGCAGAGACGUAUUAUACAACAUCGUUGAAAACUUUGGGGGAGACCUCAAUUAGCAAAAAAACAAGCAGAAAUGACAAAAGCAGGCAAAGAACCCGAAGUACCUGAUUUCAAGGAAUUAAUGGAUUUGGAUUUUAAAAAUAAAAAUAUAGAAGAGUGGCGUAACAAUCUGCCAGAUGACCUAGCCGCCAGAUUGACAAAGGAAAAAUUAUAUAACCUAUUCCAGGACGUUUCUCAUGACAUCUUAUCUGAACUGCUUAUGGCUCUUGAUAAUAAUUUCCAAGAAACUGUUAAGAAUGCAAUCGGCGCCAUCACGAAUCCAUAUUCCGAGUUCCUACGCACUUACCAAAAUGAAACAGUGGAUUACAACGACCCCAUCAUUUGCCUAUCCAAUCAAAAGGCAUACAAAUCAGAAUACGGCGAGGCAAUAUCAAAUUUAAUUAAAGGGACGGUGAUCGAAGGCAUAACAGGACCGAUCCACUUUCAUGAUACCUGUAUCCGAAAGAACUUUACCAUGCACGUACAUCAGCUCAACGUAUCCGGAACUCUAAAGAAGGUAAGUCCAACAAUUACAUUAAAUUACGUUGUACUCGUGGUAAGCAUGUAUGAUUAAAAAUGAAGAAGUCAUGAAAUUUCGUGUGAGAUUAGAUAGCAACCGAGUCGCUAGAGUUUAACUGAAAUAUUCGCUAUAUUGAUGGACUUUGUCGCGUAGGUACUGAUUAGGGGAAUGGGUUUAAUAUAACUGCCGUACUUCCUAACAGGUUAACCCGCUACCACAUUAUACUGCAUCACCACUUACCGCUAGGUGAGAUUGCAGUCAAGGUCAAGUCAGCCAACUUGUAUAGGAAUUCA